GGGGACGGUUACCAACCCGGUUUCGAGUGUGUGAAUCCCCACCACUUUUGUAAAACCUCCAAAUAUUUCGCGGACCAAACCACGCGCUGCUAGUUAUGUGACAUUGUGUAUUAGCCUUGGUGAGGAUGUUAUUUUUAUUGUUCCGCGAGCCACCAGGGGACGGGUGUCCGAGAGGCACAUGUUGGGAAACGCUGGCGUUACGGAAUUUGUGUGAGCACGUGGCGAGUGUGUAGGUUCGGAACGCGCGCUUCAACCCCCCCAACACGUGUCCCAACAUCCACGUGUUCGGAAUACUCUACAUAUUCUUUGGGUCUUUCGGCGAAAUCUACGUGGCUUUACCGAAAGACUCAAAGAAUAUGAAUUCCUGCAGUCACGAAAGCUUGAAGUCAAGAUUUAUACUCUACAUACUUUAUAUACAUAAAAGCAUAGGCUUUAUACCCUUUGCUGCAAUAAUACAGGCGUUAAGAUGCUUAAACAUCGAAUGGACACCUAUUGCAAGGCAUCAAGUCUGCAUUCGUCACACAUGCUUAUGUGUGGUCACACACGGGCAGCAGUGGAGAAGGAGCAAUCUCUCAUCGACUGGAGCUUUUAACAAGAGGUGGUGUUGGACUGGCAUCGCGAGCGUAGCCGCAUCUAAAAGUCUAAUACCAACAAUUGCAGCAGGGUCGCACACAGCCCAGCCAUGCCGAGCGACGGUAAAACGGACAUGGAGCGCGUGGGGCUCUUCAGCGAGCUGGGCUACAUCAGCAUCGGCGACAAAUACAAGUCCAGCUUCAACAAGGCGUUCAACGCGGCGGCCAACCGCGGCCGCCAGAUGCUGACGGAGGGACCCAAGUCGCGCUCAGCGCUCCCGGCCGGGUACUUCUCGCAAGGGUUCACACGCGUCAUGCAGGGCGAGGCCUACAGCGACCCUAUCAAGAUCCGCCGCCAGCGGCGCCUGCAGGAGGCCAAGAAGAACCUGGGGAAGGCCCUGCUGCCGAGCAGCUGCCCCAAGAAACCGUCUGGGCUGGGCAGUUAUUACGGCACGCUGGGUGGCCCGAUCCCAGCCUUGAGUCCAGCCCAGCUCCCCAAGAAGCCAUACAGCGCGCCGGGGAGGAACUUUGUCACGAACCCACCGAAGAAAGGAACUGGAUAUGGGUACCCCCAGGUGAUGAUUGGAUCCCUGCCUCCAUAUAUGCCGGACCCGUACGACCGCGCAAAAGAGAUCCGCAGGAAGGAGAUGGAGACCCACAAGAAGAUGGUGAAGGGGGCUCCCUUCCGCCUCAACCUGCACCCCCUGGACAUCUUCGACGUGAACCCGUACCGCUCGGACCAGCCCGCCCGCGCAACCCACCCGCCCCGCGCCACCAAGUCCUCGGAGAAGGCCUUCAAGCCCAGCUCUCCAGCCAAAAAGAUGGGCGGCAUGAAGGCAGGCACGUUUGACUCGUACCCGUCGCACUCGGAGGACGCGUACAUCGUCAAGCGAGCAUCGGCCCUUGCGGGGGGCAGCAGCGGCAACAAAGGAGGGGGCCACGUGUUCCGCCCGUCACCCGGCCCCAAGAGCACGCCGGUCCGGAGCAUCAUAGAUGCCAACAUCAUCAAAUCCAUUAACAGGCAGAACUGCAAUCUGGUGCAGCGGGUGAUGGCUUACUGAAAUCCUCACCCAGGUGCCGUCACGGGGCGCUUGCAGCGGAAGUCUUGGACCUGCCGCGCUCUAAUCUCCGCGCAGGGCAGGAGGGCACGCGGCAGCGGGGGUCCGGUGGAACAGCAGGGCAGCACCCGGAGCCGAGGCAAUGACCCAGUUGACCCCCUCAACUUAUCACUUCAACAACAAACACCAAGACCGUGCUGCGUGCACACAAGGGCACGUCUUGUUGUUUUACAUACACACGAUCCAUAAAAGAUAGAUUUACGAUCAUUUUUGGAAAUGCAAUGCAUCUUUGUCUGUCCCUUUUAUCUGCUCGUCAUCGAUGAUGGGGCCCAAACUAAUUUCCACCAUGGUUCUCUUUCGCUAGCCGAUACCACUGCUUCACUCGCUCUCAAUCCUUCCUCUCAGCUAUCUUCAUCCUGCAUCGAUCCGCAUGCAUGUCUUUCCCCUCUUCUUGGUUCCUCCCAGUGUUGUCUCACAUUGGCAAGUACAGGUUGAUCCUGUCCCAGUCUCGUAAUGGGGGGUGGGGGCUCCGGGACCACUGCAUCGUGCCAUUUUAUCAAGUAGGCUUUAACUUAGCAAUUUGUUCUCACGUUCUCUAAGUCUGCCACCAUAGCCAAAGUAAGUCGUUUGCACAUUUAUCCCUUGGAAAUUAAACACGAUAGCACAAAGGUGGAAGAUACUAAAUAAGUCAGUCACUGUAACACGAGGUGGAUUAUUUAAUAACUUACACAGAAUAAAACAAAUAUUCAAA